AUGCAUGGACAGAGCACAUGCGAGCUCUGCAUGGCCGGGAAACAACAGAUUACCAAGUCAGCCGACUUGCGCACCCAGCUAAUUCCGCUGCCAGAGCUUUCCAGCCAGACGGCAAGACCAGCCCGUCCUGCUGCCCGAGAGCGGGGCCAAUUGAUGCCGCAUACAGCUCGAGCGGGAGUCAUGGCAUUCAGCAUGCGAGCUGCUCGGACGACUGAUCUGCAGGCGAUCAUGGAGCUUCACGUCAGUCCAGGCAGGCUUCGGACUGAUCCGCAGUACGCUGAUGUAUCUGCGGGGCAGUCGCUGUGCUUUGACAGGCCCCUGCGACAAGCGAUAUGUCUGGCCAUGCUCUGCGACGCACGGGGCAUCUGCUAUAUUGCCGAAUCAGACUCGCUGCUCGUUGGCGUGUUGAGCGCACGCAUUCUGGACGAUUGCGUGUACGUCUCAGAAGUUUGCGUUGGAGCGGAACACAGGCAAAAGGGAGUAGCGACGGGCUUGCUUUCGGCUCUGGCACGCGAGUGCCCGGUGCGACAGAUCAGACUGCAUGUCGAGUCGAGCAACCCGUCAGCGCUCUCGCUCUACGGCGGACACGCUCUCUCUUUUACGCCUGACGGACGAUAG